CGUUGCUAGCGAGGGUCUUUGUGGACAAAAUAUGUACUAGUCAAGGUGGCCGUCAACUACAGCAAGUGAGCACAGGAACGCGAACUACAAAGAGGUCCGCAUUAACAGCAACUUGCUACAAUCGCAGUUGGUGUCUGUGCGAGUCAGAGGGGUACAUUCCGCCGCCGACAGAGGAACAAAAACAGAAUUUCGCUGCGUUGUUGGACAUCAACAGAGCAAACGCAUCGAAUCCUGCCCAGCAACAAGAUGUUGACAUUGUCGAUCCCGACCGGUACUACAUGUUUCCGGAGCGAAUCUGCGACGUUUCCUCGGGCCGGUUGUUCUUCUCCAAAGCCUACGAGCGCGAGACACUCAUGUCGCAACUGAAAUUGGUGGUCAGGAAGCACAGUUGGAACCCGGAAAACUUGGUUGCGUGUAUCCAGAAAAGGCUCGAGUUGGUGUUCUGUGGUGGCAGAGAAAUAAAUUACAACCCGAUGUCUAUGUCAGGGGCGGGUACUACGCAGCUGGAGGGAAAGAUGUCGGCGAAUGGUCAACAGGAAAAUCAGAUUCAAAAGAUGAAGAAAAAGAAGCAGAAAACCACCACGAGAAGUGCAUCGGGACGAGGUGACGGUGGUAGCGCUGGGACAAUCAGAAAUUUUCAAC